CCUCCAAGCUCUCCCCCCGCCUGAGUUCAUUCACUGGGAUUGGUUUCAAAUGACGCCAUCUCUUUAUUUUUACACCAAUGACCUCAUCCCAGCAGCUUGAAGUUUACUGACCAGCAAAACUCUUUCUCUCUCUCCUCCUCUUCCUUGUGUCUGUUUGUUCUAACUAUUUAUUAGUAAUUGUUUGGGUCCUUUUAGAAACCCUAAGCUUUUUCCUCCUUUAUUCCCUCCCCCACUUCAAUUUUAUUUUCAAGUCAACUUUUUUUUGGAGGGGGGGAAGAAAAGCUCUCAGGGUUUCCUCCUUCUUCCCCCCCCAGCACCCAGAUUUCCCCCCUUUAAAAAGAACAGAAUAAGGAUUUUUCUUUUAAAGAAGAAGGAGCAGAGAGAGAGGAGAGGAGAGCUUCCCAGCGCCUGGAAGGAGAGAAAGUUGAUUCUGGCAGCAGCGAAGAGGCUGGUGGCAACUUUUGUCCCUACCAAGGAAACACCAGAGAGAGAGAGAGAGAAAGAGAGAGAGAGAAAGGGGGAACACAGUGGUUCCCCUUUGCUGGCACCUGUGUGUGUAGAUCAUCCUCUCACCUAGCCCAUGUAGAAUCUGGCUUCUUAGAUUUGGGCACUUAGUCCAGUGCAAAUCUGGUGGUCUGGAGCAAAGGUAAAGAAUGAUGUAAUGCAGUGGCAGCCCAAAAGCAUCUUUUGUCUGAAUUGUGAAAUGGCUACUCCAUAGUCAUCUCCUGAUGAAUCAGAAGCGAGAGGCUGCUUUGUGAAAUGAGUCCUUUGUAACGGCACAUCAACUGCAAGCAGAAGGAGACAUUCAUUUGGAGGGCUCUUUCUGAAAAUGAGUUUAACUUUUCUUUUGCCAGUCACUACCAGCAUGACCUCAUACACUUCCAGUACAAUAGGGUGGCUAAGCCUUUGAGUACACAGCCAUUACAUCAUCGCUGCAAAUUAGAGGGAGGUGGUAAGAGGCCUUAUUGUUGUCAUGGCCGAUGAGAUGAUCAGGACUCAACUUAUUCUUGCCGAGAGGUUGGUGGCUUUGCUAGAAAGUGGCACAGAACAAUUGCUUCUGAUUGAUAGCCGCCCCUUUGUGGAAUACAACACAUCCCACAUCUUGGAUGCCAUCAAUAUCAACUGUUCCAAGCUUAUGAAGCGGAGGCUGCAGCAGGACAAAGUGCUGAUUACAGAGCUAAUUCAACACUCGGCAAAACACAAGAUUGAAAUUGAUGGCAAACAAGAGGUGGUGGUGUAUGACCAAAGUUCAAAGGAUGUCGCCUCGCUUUCAUCUGACUGCUUUCUUACUGUGUUGCUGGAGAAACUGGAGAAGACUUUCAGUUCUGUACACCUGCUUUCAGGUGGCUUUGCUGAAUUCUCCAGCUGUUUCCCUGGCCUCUGUGAAGGAAAAUCUAUUCUAGUUCCUACUUGUAUUUCUCAGCCCUGCUUACCAGUCUCUAACAUUGGGCCAACUAGAAUUUUGCCUCAUCUUUAUCUUGGUUGUCAGCGAGAUGUCCUCAACAAGGAGCUGAUGCAGCAGAAUGAUAUUGGUUAUGUUUUAAAUGCCAGCAACACUUGUCCAAAGCCUGACUUUAUCCCAGAAUCCCAUUUCUUGAGAGUGCCAGUGAAUGACAGCUUCUGUGAGAAAAUUUUGCCUUGGUUGGACAAGUCAGUUGAUUUUAUAGAGAAAGCAAAAGCAUCAAAUGGGCGAGUUUUGGUGCACUGUUUAGCUGGGAUAUCACGCUCGGCCACAAUUGCUAUUGCAUAUAUCAUGAAGAGGAUGGAUAUGUCCUUAGAUGAAGCCUACAGGUUUGUGAAAGAGAAAAGACCAACCAUUUCCCCCAACUUCAAUUUUCUGGGUCAGCUUUUGGACUUUGAGAGGAAGAUAAAGACCCAGGCUGGGCAGCCUGGCCCAGUCAGCAAGUUGAAGCUGUUGCAUUUGGAAAAAAGCAGCGAGCACGGACUGAUCCCAGACAGUGGCCAGAGCAGUGGCGCCUCCCCUACUCAGCUCUGCACUAACUCUACCUCUGGGCCUGCAGAACAGAAGCCACUGGACUCCGGAAGUCUUUCGUGCUCGCGCUUGGUGUCUUUAGAGGAUAGCUCGCUGGUACAGGGCCUAAAUGGACUUCAUGUGUCUCUGGACAAGGUAGAGGACAGUAAUAAACUGAAGCGCUCAUUUUCUUUGGAUAUCAAGUCCGUGUCCUACUCGACAAGCAGCAGCUGUGUGACUGCAUCAGUGCAGGGCUUUGCCUCGUCAGAGGAUGCUCUGGAGUAUUACAAACAUUCAGCGGCUUUAGACGGCAGCAGCAAGCCAUGCCAGUUCUCCCCUGUCCAGGAAGUUUCGGAGCAGACACCUGAGACCAGCCCUGAUAAAGAGGAAGCCGAUCCUCCCGAGAAAUCCCAGAAUGCCUGGCAGCCGGACAGCCAGAACAAGCGGCAGCACAUGGGAAGGCCCAGCAGCAACUCCAGCACUGCCCAGCGGUCACUUCUGUACCCACUACAUCGGAGUGGGAGCAUGGAAGACAACUAUAGAACAAACUUCCUCUUCGGCCUUUCCACAAGUCAGCAGCACUUGGCAAAGUCUGCUGCCGGGCUGGGCCUCAAAGGCUGGCACUCUGAUAUCUUACCACCUCAGACCUCCACCACAUCCCUCACCAACAGCUGGUAUUUCGCUACAGAAGCCUCACACUUCUAUUCAGCAUCUGCUCUAUAUGGGAGCAGUGCCACUUACUCAGCCUACAGCUGCAGCCAGCUGCCCACUGGUUGCGACCAAGCCUGUGCUGUGCGCAGGAGGCAGAAACAGAGUGACAGAGGUGAUUCGAGGCGCAGCUGGCAUGAGGAGAGCUCCUUCGAGAAGCAGUUCAAGCGACGGAGCUGCCAGAUGGAAUUUGGGGAGAGCAUCAUGUCAGACACCAGAUCCCGUGAGGAACUGGGGAAAGUGGGCAGCCAGUCAAGCUUUUCAGGCAGCAUGGAAAUCAUUGAAGUGUCCUGAGCAAUGACAGGCAGCUGUGACCAUAUAGCUGAGUUGGUGUCCUUGUUGUUUAAAAUAAUUCCCUGUAAAUCUGAAUUUUUUUUUUUUUUGGUUAAAAAGGAGUGGGGGUUCAGUGUGAAGGCAGUGAAUAGAUUUCUAUAUAAGAUAUAACAAACUAAUAUCGGCACUGGGGAGCCAACGGCCAGAUCACGUUCCACUUGGUGGGUGCCUAAGUGGGAUUCAGUUCUACCAGGUUUGAAUUCUCUAGAAAUAUUGCAAAUGCAAAGGUGGGUGGAUCAUCAUCAUCCUCACUCCUAAGGGGAUGGUGUAUUAUGACAAGAGAUGAGGUAAUGGCUUUGCAGGGACUCCAGAGGGAUGGAAUGGGAUUGUCCUUAGGCCCUUAAGCCCUUUUAGGCAUCUAAUUGGUGGAAUAGGAUCUGGUCUGACUGUCUCAUCUUUUUUUCUCCCCCUCCCCUAAAAGUGGAUGGGCAGGUGUUUCAAAAAGUUGGGGGUUUUUUGGUAUUUUUGUUUGUUUGCCUAACAGGUAAAGCAAUUUUUUUUGUUUGUUUUUGUUUUAAAUAUGCGAUGAAUUGCACAUCCUUGAAACCCUUUUGAUCAAAGGAAGCUUUCUUGGCAGCAGGCCAUCUCCUUGGCUCCACUGAGACACAUUACUAAAAAGCAAAGCUAGUUCUUUCCUCUCCCCCUGCUCCCCAAAUCUUCAACAAUGCACCUUAGCCCUGAGACUGAGCCAACUUCUAGAGGGAGACUAUUUUUCUUCAGGACAGUGACUAGUAGUGAAUCCAAAAAAAAUAAGUGACCAAUCACAGUAAGGCUGGUCUGAAAACCAAGUUGAGACAAUGUACAUACUGAUGUAACUAUCAUUCUAAUGGACAGGAUUUAGAUGACUGGAUAGGGAGCUGCUGUAGAGGGGGGAAAAAAACAGUACCUCAAAAAAUAAACCUAGGGCUUUCAUAAUUGCUGGCCUCUGGGUAUUGGGUCAUAAGCAAUUCAUAGAUUCAUAGAUGUUAGGGUCGGAAGGGACCUCAAUAGAUCAUCGAGUCCGACCCCCUGCAUAAGCAGGAAAGAGUGCUGAGUCUAGAUGACCCCAGCUAGAUGCUCAUCUAACCUCAUCUUGAAGACCCCCAGGGUAGGGGAGAGCACCACCUCCCUUGGGAGCCUGUUCCAGACCUUGGCCACUCGAACUGUGAAGAAGUUCUUCCUAAUGUCCAAUCUAAAUCUGCUGUCUGCUAGCUUGUGGCCAUUGUUUCUUGUAACCCCCGGGGGCGCCUUGGUGAAUAAAUACUCACCAAUUCCCUUCUGUGCCCCCGUGAUGAACUUAAAGGCAGCCACAAGGUCGCCUCUCAACCUUCUCUUGCGGAGGCUGAAAAGGUCCAGUUUCUCUAGUCUCUCCUCGUAGGGCUUGGUCUGCAGGCCCUUGACCAUACGAGUUGCCCUUCUCUGGACCCUCUCCAGGUUAUCCGCAUCCUUCUUGAAGUGUGGUGCCCAGAAUUGCACGCAGUACUCCAACUGCAGUCUGACCAGCGCCCGAUAGAGGGGAAGUAUCACCUCCCUGGACCUAUUCGUCAUGCAUCUGCUGAUGCACGAUAAAGUGCCAUUGGCUUUUCUGAUGGCUUCGUCACACUGCCGGCUCAUGUUCAUCUUGGAGUCCACUAGGACUCCAAGAUCCCUUUCCACCUCUGUGCCACCCAGCAGGUCAUUCCCUAGGCUGUAGGUGUGCUGGACAUUUUUCCUCCCUAGGUGCAGCACUUUGCAUUUCUCCUUGUUGAACUGCAUCCUGUUGUUUUCUGCCCACUUGUCCAACCUAUCCAGGUCUGCCUGCAGCUGUUCCCUGCCCUCCGGCGUGUCCACUUCUCCCCAUAGCUUUGUGUCAUCUGCAAACUUGGACAGAGUACAUUUGACUCCCUCGUCCAAGUUGCUGAUGAAGACAUUAAAGAGUAUCGGUCCAAGGACCAAGCCCUGCGGGACCCCACUGCCCACACCCCUCCAGGUCGAGACCAACCCAUCCACCACGACUCUCUGGGUGCAACCCUCCAGCCAAUUCGCCACCCACCGGACUGUGUAGUCAUCCACAUCACAGCCUCUUAACUUGUUCACCAGUAUGGGGUGGGAUACCGUAUCGAAGGCCAUUGUGAAUAAGUAGAUGACUAGCCAUGUUUUGAGGUUGAUUUCAAGCUGUCUAUGCACAGGAUUUUUUUUGUUUUUCAGUUAGCUGAGAAAAGUGGUUAAAAAUCCAUCUUCUCAAAAUAGGCCAACUACCCUCUUGAUUUUUAAAUGAAAAAUAGAGAGGGGUUUUUGACAUUGGAAAACUGGCUUUUGAGGGGUAGACCUGUUUAUCUCUAAAGGUGAGAUUAGAAAAAGGAACUGAAUUACUUGGCGGCUGGCAGAGUAGUUAAUGCUGGGUGCAAAUAGAGGAGGGAAGGGGAAGGUUGAUACUUUUCUCCCACACUGUUUAGGAGGCGGGCAAUGUAUUCCACAAUGUUGCCCAAGCCCAAAAGAUUUUUACGUGGAUAAACUCCCCUUGCACAUCCUCAGUCCAUCAUAUCAACUGACUUCAGUUAUUAAUACCAAUUUUUUGUAUUUUGACAGAGAGAAGCCCCACUAGCCUGAAUGGUCCAGGAUAAAACACAUUAAGCUUCCCCCCCCCCCCCCCCCCCCCCAAAUGUUAUUUCUUUAAUGGAAAAUGUGUUUACUUCCAGCACUCUAUCCUAAAGCAGUCCCCAUUGGGCCAGUGUUGUUCUGGGUCCCAAGGCUAGUUUUGUUUUUUGUUUUUUUCCCUGAUGUGCUAAUAAAAUAUGGUAUUACUGAUGGUAAGGAUCCCAGACCCUGAGACUGCCAUCCUUGUUGCUGGCUGGUCACUCUUUUUAGAGGCAAAGACGCAUCGAGAAUAUCUCAUUUAGGGACUCUCUUGUCAUGUCCCUGCUGGCAGUCUUGGCAGAGGGGGCAGGGACACUUUCAGGAUGCAUUCAGCAUUGUGUUUUUGCUUGGCAAGGGAGAAAAACCACUGUUUUUGCUUCAGCCCAUGAUUCCUGUGGGAUGCUGGCUGCCACUUCCCCAGGCCACUCUGUGAGUUGCUGUAAAUCUUGUGCGGAAUUAACAACAACAGAGGCCCAAUAUUAUGCUUCAUUGUUCAGUCCUGCAUUGACACAUGAUAAUUCUUUAUCUUUGCCAGUGUCUUUCAGUGCAUACGUGGCAUUGUGGGUGUUGAGGGGCAGGAGAGAGAUGUGGGCUGCAAUGUUUAUACAAUUUCAGUGCAGGCAGCUGAAAAUAUAAAGCAAGUAUAAUAAACUAUGACUUAACUGCUUUUUGAAGAUGUUGGCUAAAGUUUUUUCAGCAAAGAUCUGGUAGUCACUGAAGCCCUAAAUAAGUCAGCGGCUUGUUUUGUUUUACUGUAAGUGUAGCUAGAUGGUGACUCAAAUCUCAGGUUUUACUAUAUUGAAAAAAGGACAGGAUUUUGUCUGUCUGUCUGUCAUGGUUUUGCUUUGGGUUUUUUUGUUUUUGUUUUUUGUUUUUCUCUUUGUGGCUAGGAUGUGACUUCAAUUUCCUAUGAUGGACUGUUUAAAACUAGCACUGAGAGAAAGCUACAAAGUUGAUUAACUUGAUCCUAAGGAGCAUGAGAGAGACAAGAGAGACAGCAACAGAAGUGGUUGAACAUAUAAGAUUCAUUUGUUCCAUGUGUAUGAAAUGCAGGAGAGAGGGUGGUUUGGGUCAGGGGUAGGUUGAUACCACAUUGCAAAGUAAGACGGGUCUUGGCUCUCCAUUUAAGCAUAUUGCCACUGUAUGCUGAUAUAUCAAGUGAAAAUGACUCUGACAACUGUUUUAGCCUGUACACACACUGUAUGUGCACAAUUUAUAGAAAUUAAAGUAUUUAAAGAAAUCCCUAACAGAGAAGAAAAACUCUUUUGCAGCUGAAAUCUGGGCUUGACUUCUCUUGAUUUCUAGCAUCCUCUGAAUCGGUGAAGCAAGGACAGGGUGCUAAAGGCUCAGCACUUGUGUAGGCUGGGUCCUUUUAAGCACAUGGUGGAGAAGAGAGCCUGGAGCUUGUCUGGUCUGUGGGUGGCUGGUACCCUAUCUCAUUUUUGUACCUGAAUGAUGCUGGAAAUGGUUUAAGAAGUUUGGAAAGUGAGGUGGAAGAUGGGGGGAAGAAAUGUGUACAUGUUUUAAUCUGAAUAUAAUGUUCUUUUGGCGUAUGGCAAGCUGUUUAAAUGGUUCAAAGAGGUGUGAGUUUCUCAUCUUGUUGUGUUAUGAGCAUUACUUGUACAUUAUGAUGAAAUAAAAUCGGACGUGGUACCUGUUUAUAUAGAA